CAACCUGACGAAAAGAGUCCAAAGAAUUUACAACAAAGUCCUAAUGUCCCUACCACUUGGUCAACCAACCAAAACCCGAAACCUAACGCUUAUAACAAUGCGAGAUUCGAACAGACGAACCUUGAUCUUCAACCGAAUCCACCGAGUGCAAUGGGUAUGGUAGCUCAAGAUCCUGUCAGAUUGGUCGAAGGUCGACGAGCGGUAUGUGAUGGAGGUGUGGGACCUCUCGGACAUCCAAAAAUUUACAUCAACUUGGACAAACCAGGACCUAAAGUGUGCGGAUAUUGUGGGAUACGUUUCGAACAAGCUCAUCAUCAUCAUUAG